AUGAACACCGCUGGCAACUGCAUCAACCACCCAGAGACCAUUGGACCGGACCCUCAUUCUCCAGGCUCUCCGUUGCCUCGUGCCAUCUUCGUGAACGACGUCGGCUACUUGCCGGAUGGCACACCAAUGAACAGGGCCGGCAAUGCCAUCAACCACCCUGAGACAAUUGGACCGGACCCUCAUACUCCUGGCUCUGAAUUGCCACCAUCGGUCUAUGCUGCUGACAUUGGAUACUUGGUGGACGGCACGCCCCUUGAUGCUGCUGGCAACAACGCAACUGCUCCAAUGCCAUCUGCAGAGACGAGCGUCCCAGCUUAUGGCACGGCCGGCAUGGCGCUGAUGGCUACAGCAGCUGUUGGCCUUUUGGCAGCCGGCGCCCAACGCAUGAAGGUGGCAAGGAAGGCUACUCAUGGAAUCAAGUUCAGCUACUCCAUUCAGAAGGACGCCUAUGCCGACCUGGAGUUCAUGAACGAUGUGGGCUAUUUGCCAGAUGGCACACCAAUGAACAGGGCUGGCAACGCCAUCAACCACCCGGAGACCAUUGGACCAGAUCCUCACACUCCCGGAUCUCCUUUGCCCCGGGCUGAAUUCGUCAACUCCAUUGGCUACCUCCCAGAUGGCACACCGAUGAACGCAGCAGGAAACGCCUUGAACCAUCCUGAGACCAUGCAGCCUGAUAUGCACAACCCUGGCUCCCCCUUGCCAGCCUCGUUCUAUGCCGCAGAGGUUGGAUACCUGGUGGAUGGUACUCCCAUGGCAACAGCCGGCAACCUCUCCGUGCAGGCUCCCCCUGUGGCCUCCACCCCUGCCUCUAUGCCUGCAGCCCCUCCAACUCCACCACCCUCUGCACCAACAUCCGUGGCAGCCGGCUUCACAAGCACAGCCACAGAGGCUGUGCAUGGCAUCAAGUUCAGCUACUCCAUGCAGAAGGAUGCCUAUGCGGAUUACGAGUUCAUCAACGAUGUGGGCUACCUGCCAGAUGGCACGCCAAUGAACAGGGCUGGCAAUGCCAUCAACCACCCGGAGACCAUUGGACCAGAUCCUCACACUCCCGGAUCUCCUUUGCCCCGGGCAAUCUUCGUCAACUCUGUUGGCUACCUCCCAGAUGGCACUCCACUGAACGCAGCAGGAAAUGCCUUGAACCAUCCUGAGACCAUGCAGCCUGACUCACAUGCUCCUGGCUCCCCCUUGCCAAGAUCGUAUUAUGCUGCGGAAGUGGGCUACCUGGUGGAUGGCACCGAUUUGGUCACUGCAGGAAACCUCUCCGUUCAGGGUGUCCCAGCCGCUGCACCUGCCGCUGCACCGGCGGCAGUGCAACAGCCAGUGGCAGCUGCUUUUGUGGGAGCCUCUGCUGGGAUGGGACGUGCCGGAGCAGACAAGCGAGUGCCUGCAGGUUUUGCCUAUGCCGUGCAGAAGGAUGCCUAUGCUGACUUGACCUAUGGAAAUGAUGUGGGAUAUUUGCCAGACGGCACUCCCAUGAACACCGCUGGCAACUGCAUCAACCACCCAGAGACCAUUGGACCGGACCCUCAUUCUCCAGGCUCUCCGUUGCCUCGUGCCAUCUUCGUGAACGACGUCGGCUACUUGCCGGAUGGCACACCAAUGAACAGGGCCGGCAAUGCCAUCAACCACCCUGAGACAAUUGGACCGGACCCUCAUACUCCUGGCUCUGAAUUGCCACCAUCGGUCUAUGCUGCUGACAUUGGAUACUUGGUGGACGGCACGCCCCUUGAUGCUGCUGGCAACAACGCAGUGCACUGAGUAGAUAGAGAUCUCGAAACCCAAGAAUGAGAACUUGGAUUUUAAGACAUCACUUGGAAAGGUUGAAGAUGUUGAAGAAACAACCUCUCUUUUGCAUUGGCGUUUAGCCAGAAUUUCACCCAGUCACCAGACUGAUUAGAUCCACCAGUAGCCAUUUCUCCUUGCAGACAUCACUCAGACAUCUUCGGAGCUCUCUGGCCUAACAAGA